AUGAAGCAGACAUUGAAUCGUGAAUGGCUCCUGGGGCUAGCGUUGAGUGCCGCCACGGUGCCAACUGGUUCUGCCGACUUGACGACGACCAUUAGCUCCGCCGCAAAUUGGGGCACUUGGGAGGGUUUCGGCGUGUCCCUUGCAUGGUGGGCCAAGGCGUUUGGCACACGGAGUGACUUGGCUGACAUCUUUUUCUCCACGGAGUGGACAACCUACAAUGGGCAGAGCAUUCCCGGCAUGGGGCUCACCAUUGCACGGUAUAACGCCGGGGCUUGCAGCUGGAAAACUGUCAACGGCUCUGCGAUGGUUGUGUCGCCCGACAUGAUUGCCUCGCGACAGAUGGAAAGCUACUGGGUGGACUGGUUCAACUCCUCGCCGUCAUCGUCAAGCUGGAGCUGGAGCGUCGACGAAAACCAGCGUAACAUGUUGUCUAUGGCCAAAGCCCGCGGCGCAAACAUCUUCGAGCUCUUCUCCAACUCCCCACCGUGGUGGAUGUGUCUCAACCACAACCCUUCUGGAUCUGACGACGGCUCCAGCGACAACUUGCAAUCGUGGAAUUACGACCAGCAUGCGGUAUAUCUCGCCACCAUUGCCGAAUACGCCGCGAAUAACUGGGGGGUGUCCUUUCAGUCCGUUGAAGCCUUCAACGAGCCGUCCUCGGACUGGUGGAAUGGCAAAACAGGAACCCAAGAAGGUUGCCACUUUAACUUCAGCACUCAGGCGACCGUGAUUGGGGAUCUGCGCACGGAAUUGAACAACCGAGGACUCAGCUCGACCCUGAUCUCAGCCUCAGACGAAAACACCUAUGACUUGGCUAUUUCCACGUGGAACAACCUCGGGAAUACAGCGACGAGCAAUGUCGGCCGCAUCAACGUCCACGGAUACCAGUACUCUGGGGGACGGCGGGAUACGCUGUACAGCCUGGCGUCCGGCGCCGGCAAGCGGCUCUGGAAUAGUGAGUACGGUGAGAGCGAUGCGACGGGCGAGAGCCUCGUCACCAACCUGCUCCUCGACUUCCGCUGGCUCCACCCUACGGCCUGGGUGUACUGGCAGGCCAUCGAUGGCUCUGGCUGGGGCCUAAUUGAUGGGGACAAUGAUAAUGUUUCUCUCGGAGCCAUCAGCCAGAAGUACUUUGCGCUAUCGCAAUUCACUCGCCACAUUCGGCCUGGGAUGCGCAUCCUGGACGGCGGGAGCGACUACACCGUCGCAGCAUACGACUCCACGGCCCAGAAGCUGGUCAUCGUUGCUGCGAACUGGGGUGCUGCCCAGUACCUCAACUUUGAGCUCUCCGACUUCAGCAGUCCGGGGGUCAGCGGCGCUGUGGUCCCGCGCUGGAUCACCCAAGUCGGAACUGGCGACCAGUAUAGUAGCCACAAUGAUACAUAUAUCAGCGGGACCAAGUUUUGGUCGUACUUUCCCACCGGAGCGGUACAGACGUUCGAGGUGUCGAAAGUGGUGCUGUUGCUAUGGACUGAGGAUCGAUAUGAUCCUAGUGGCUUUAGGCUUGAUAGUGAUAAGGGAUAA